UGUUGACUUUUGACACUUGACAGCUGGUUUGUGAACUCAACUCAACUCGCAGUUUUGUUAGUUUUUGUGUAAAAGAAUUCUUUCAACACACUUUGUAAAACCAUCCUGAGGCGUCAAAUUGUUAACAAUAUGGAAAAGCCACGAGUUACUGAGCAACCACCACCAUAUUCGGCCACCGUCUUGCCAGGGCCUGUCCCGCAGCCGGCUGGUGCCCCGGGUGCGCCGUACCCGCCUCCCCCGCCCGGGUAUACCCCGUAUGGAGUGCCCCCACCUCCAGGUACGGGAUUUGUGCCCAACUAUGGAGCCACAAGUAUUAUCAUUCCACCCCCUAUUAUUGCCGUAGGAGCGUGCCCAGCCUGCCGAGUUGGCAUACUCGAAGAUGAUUUCACUUGCCUGGGUAUCUUAUGUGCUAUACUAUUCUUCCCUAUAGGGAUCCUAUGUUGUCUCGCUUUGAAAAACAGAAGAUGUUCUAAUUGUGGAGCUCUGUUUGGUUAGAGAGAUGACAAGCUUUGUUAAAUGUUUUGAAUAAGAAAUGUUGAAUAUUGAAAGGUUUAUGAAUGUAAUAAUGGUUACUCGUUAUUAUUUACAUUGUUGUUUAUGUUAAAAUAUAGUUGUUUUGAAGUAAGUCAGAAACAAAAACAAGUUGAGUUAAAAAGUAAACAAAAACUUGCCGUUGUUUUGAUCAUUUUUAUUUUCAAUUUUCACACUAAAGAAAACUUGGCUCUACAACUAUGUUUUAACAUAAAUAUGGUCAGUUUAUUUUAUUUAUCUAACAAAUAUACAAAAUACUGAUGAUUAUAUUAAUUAGUAUUCAAGGUCGAUGACCAUUAACAUUCUUGAUAAUCUGUUGAAAUGUGUCCGAUAUACACAAACUUUACAUCCAAAUAAAAUGACUCACAGGUAGAUGACAGCAAUUAACUUAUUAAUAAGGAAAACUAUUUAUUACUCUAUUAAAAAAACAUCAAUAAUCAAAAUAAAUACAAUUAAAAAUAGACCUUAAUGACAAGAGAAUCCCUACAUUAAGAGACAAUUAUAUAAAACUCUUCUUGUUUACAUAUACCACUUUUGAGGACUUAAAACAAUUGCUGCUUCAUCUAUAAAUAAAUAAAACUUGUGGAUAUUAUGAACAACUGUUUGAUAAUAUUGUUUAUGUUUAGUAUCACACCACAUUGCCUUAAAUAACUAGUUUGAACUGGAAAUGCUCCAAUUUGUAAAUGAACAGUACCAUUAGUAUGAGUUUGCUGUGCGCGUUCAUCGCUCUGAUUGGCCGGCUCGAAAUAACCAACCAAUCAGAGCCGAAUGCGCUCUCGUUUCGAUUACUUUUAAAGUAAAGCAAAUUCAUACUAAGGGUAAAGAGCAAUAUUAAAUACAAAAGAAAAAUAUAAAAGUAUUUUCUUCAUACAAUAUAGAAUUUAUUUUUCAUAUCUUUGACAGUACUGUAGUUGAUUUAUAAUAGGAUUAUUUUUAUUUUCUAUCAUGUUAUAUGUAUUUGUUAUUUUUAUAUUUUUACUAGUAUUUUUGAAUACCUAUUAUUAAUAAGGAAUAUUUUGAGUAAGUAUAAGUUUGCAGUCUAAAUAGAAUCUGUUAUCUUACACCUAAUUUUAUUGUCUAUCAAAUUAUACGAAAAGCAUUUAAAAACAGUUCAAUUCAGUGUUGCCAUAAGAUCCAAUUUGAAACAAUUUGCCAGUUAAAAAAAAAUAAGAAUGUUAUAUGUAAUGGAUCAUCCCUUCUGUCAGUUAUAAUAUUACAUUGAUUUUUUAUGUGAUUUCUAUGCUAGUUAGUAAUUCCAAAAGUAUAAUUUUAAGAGAUUUUUUGAAAUUAUUAAAAGACACAUGUCUCCAAAACUGUCUAUUUCGAAUUUGCCUUAUUUUGCAUAGAAAAAAAAGUUUAAAUAAUCGGAAUGAUGAACAAAAACAUAGUGAUAAAAAUAUUGGACACUUACUUUUUGAUUUAUCAAUAUACUAUAGAAAAUAUAUAUUGAAACAAUCUCCAUUAUAGUUAUGGAGAAAGUACUCAAUGCAAAACCGUAUCGCGACGUCUUGCAUGAAUGAUCUAGACGCGAAGGCGAUGCACAAACUGUCAAAAUCUAUUGACGCGGCCUACGUGACCAACCGCAUAUAGGAUGUGGUAAGCGAAGCGAUCAGUUGGCUUGGUCACACCGCGUCGUACCACACCGCUUCGCGUUCGCUUCUAGAUCGCUCACGCAAGACGUUCGCGUUAUUUUUGAUUUUAUUAAAUAGAUUAUGUCCAGUAUUUUUAUUGAUCUACACAAAAAUAGAGAAGAAAUCAUUAUUUCAUCGAAUUCAUUUAUUACUUAGUGAUUGCAUUGGCUCAUAUUAGUGUUAUAAAUUAUUAGGUAAUAUAAUAUAUUAAAUAUCUAAGUUUAAGUAUAAUCAGAAUUAAUUAUUUUAUCCAAUUAUAAUUAUUAUCGUUUGCAUAUCAUAUUAGAGGAUAUUAAAUGUUAAAAAAAUAUUGAUAUUGGUUAUGUAAAUGUAGUUUUGGUUUAAUAUUGAAAAGCCUUAGUAUGAGUUUGCUUUACGUUUAAAGUAAUCGAAACGAGAGCGCGUUCGGCGCUCUGAUUGGCCGGCUCGAAUAAACCAACCAAUCAGAGCCCCGAACGCGCUCUCGUUUCGUUUUCGUUCAACGUAAAUCAAACUCGUACUAAGGGUAACUGACACACUUCAUUUUGUAGUAAAGUUAGGUUUAACUGGUAAUUCAUGAAUGCCAACAUUAAAUAAAAUUCAGCCUAAAACACAAUCAAUUUUCAAACUUAGAUUUAAUGCUAUUAGGUCAAAAGUAAAUAAUUGCUGAAAUCUAAGCAACUAGAAAUAGAAAAUAGACUUUUAUUUGAUAUACAAUUAAGUUUAAUAAUGUAAAAUCAAAUGUAAUUGCUACAUUAUUCACGAAAUUAAAAACCUUCUCGUGUAGUAUAAAAGGAAACGAAAAUAUAAAUUUUCGUUUCCUUAUAGUAGCUAAGUAAUCUGAGUCUAACAUGUAAGCAGCCUUUUGUUUAAAGUAUAUAAUUCAACCCCUUUAUUCAUAAACAAGUAAUAUCCACCUAGAAAAAACAUUAAUGUUUAACUUAAAACUUUAAAACAACCAUGAAAAAAUUAUAUUUUCCCAUUCAAAUUAACUCUUCAACUUUAUUAUGUAACGUACAAGUUGAUAUGAGUUUAUGUAAAAAAGUCUUAACAACGACUGUCGUCUUCGUCUCACUAGAUGGCGCUCAAACAGCUUGAUGUCCUGUUUGUCUGUCAAAAUUUCAAUGUCCAAUGAUUUGACACUAGUAAAUUUUUCUAUUGGACAACAGUACCCUUAUCGAUACGAGAACGCGUUUGGCGCUCUGAUUGGUUAGUUCAUUUGCACCGGCCAAUCAGAACGCCGAACGCGCUCUCGUUUUGUUUUCGUUCAACGCAAAGCUAACUCGUACUAAGGGGUAAAGGCUUUAAUUCUCACUAGCGCCACUUGCAAAACAUUAUGGCGUCUCUUGCGCAUAAUUCUGACACAAUCGUUCUCAUUAUAACAAUCAUUCAUGUGUCUAUUAUCUAACUGUCCAGCUAAGUUUAAUUCAACGAAUUGUAACAUCUGUUUAUUGUAAAAUGUUUAUGAAUUAGGGGUCUCUAUAUUUAAGAUAAAUACAUAAUUAUAAUUAUACUGAAAUAUAAAAUUACAAAACUGAACUCCAAAAGUACUGAAUUUACUGUGUAUAUUUUGAAAGUCUUUUACAAAUAUUAUUUGCGAAUUGGAAUUGGAACUGAGAUAUUGUAACGGUUUUUUUUUAAAUUAACGUCAUUGCAUUCUUUUUUCAAAUAAGAUGUUGAUUUAAAGCAAGUGUGUGUGUUGUUUGGUUACUGGUUGAUUAGUAAGUAGGGUUAUUAUUGUAUAUUUUAUAAGAAUAAUGCGUAGAAGGCAUAGCAGUCAUCUCAGAUUAACGGCAGAUUUGAUGAUAAAUUUCAUUUGCAAUUUGAACUAAAAGUAUUUUUUUAAACGUGAAAAGAUAGCAAGAAUAUUGGUAUUGGCGCCCAACAGGGUUCUCUCGUCAACAUAUCGUGACAAUCCAGCAAUCCAGCAAUGGACUGUCACAAUAUGACGUCACGAACCACAAGUCAAGUGAGUUAACUACAAGUCUCAUUUACAUGAGAGGUUUUGAUCUAUGCUCUUGACAGACGGGUUGAAGACCGCCAUUUAAAAGUUUCAGGUCUCUUAGAGAGCGUUGCUGCCCUUGUUAAAUGCUUACUACCUUAGUUGGCAAAGUAGAAUACAAUUGUCACUAUCCCUGAGUGAAUAAUAGGGAUGGUAGCCAUGGUCCCUGUUGGGCGCCAAUAGAUAAUAGUCUAAGAGACUUAUCCCCGAUCGUCUCUGUCAUCUCAAACUGUGAUGUUGCAAUGGAAAUACAAGAAUGAUAAUGUGUGAGCUAGGAAUAGGUAGCUAGAGUGAUAAGUAAAGGCUUCUAAAGCUAGCAAUAUAUUGAUGUUUUAAAUCAACAUCCCUAAAAGCCAUACCAAGUACUGAGUAGGUUAGAAUUAAUACACCAUCUCCUCAUUGAAUUGUUGACGAGUGAAAUGUUAUUUGUAAGUAAAUGUUUGAAAGAUCUAAGUAUAUUAUUAUGGUAUACAGAACUAUGUAAUUAUUAUUAUAUUUAUACUAUAGGUUUUUCAAUAAAGUUUGGGCAUA